UGCUGGAAAUAGAAAGAAGAAGUAAAACGAGGAAAAGGCAAAAUGGCGUUCGACGGAGAAGGGCUAAACCUGGGAAUUAUAGUCCUGUAUUUGUAAUUAGUGCAUACAUGUACACAUAUAUGCCGUAUAAAAGAUUAAAUAUAGUUAAUAAUUGUUUGUAUUUGGAUACAUUAGUCUGAGCGUACUUUGACACGUCUCGUUCUAGCUUAGCUUGCUAGUUAGCUUAGCUUGUUAGCUGCUAACAAAGAGACGCAGAAGUUAUUAACGCAUCGCUAAGCAGAGAUCAAGUGUGAGUGUAAAGUGUUGUGAUUGUGUGAAAAUGUGCGAAAGAACGAUAGCAGAGUACGAGGAGGAACUGUGUUCAACAAAAGAAGAGAAUGAGGUGGACGCUGUUUUCAAGAAGCAUCAAGUUGUAGCACUGAUGCUACGAGGGAAAAAGCGAAGCGUACAGCACUGCACUAGUGACGUCCAGCAGCCCCCCCACACUAAGGAGGAUGAUCUACAUCCACCCUUUUUAAAAGAAGAGGAUGCAGAGCCAUCCCACAUUAAAGAAGAAGAUGAGGAAGUGUGGAUUACUCGGGAGGAAGAGUGCCUUCUAGGGCAGGAGAAGGCUGAUCUCACCAAGUUUCCACUGACUGUUGUCUCUGUGAAGACUGAAGACCAUGAAGACAAACCACCUGAGUCCUCACAGCUUCAUCACAGUCCAAGGUCUGUUCCUGUCUCUGAAUCAACUACAUCAAGCUGUGCUCUGCAAGUUUGCCUUCCGAAGAUAGGUAUCGAUCCAACAAAAGAUGUCUGUGAAAAUCAUCUUCUCCCUGAGCAUCAGGAGUGGAGCUUCGGGAUGGAGCAGGAGGAGCCACAGACCUCCCACAUUAAGGAGGAAGACGAAGCGUCACAGACUCCUCUCGUUAAAAACGAAGAGGAAGACCCACGGACCCCCCAUGUCAAAGAGGAGGAGGAGGAAAUUAGCAUCAGUCAGGAGGGAGAGCAUCUUAAAUGGUUGGAGGAGUUCCCAGUGAUUGUGAAGAGCGAAGAUUAUAAGGUCAAAGGUGAAAGUGAGGAGAAGAGAGAGGUGGAGCCUCCAAGCAGCAGCUCAGCUCAACACAUAACAGAAGCUGAUGCAGACCACACAGAGGAUGAAGACUCUAAAGCUGAUAAGACAUGUCACACUGACAACGCACGCUUAAAAUGUUGUUACUGUGACAAAACUUUUCAACGCCCUAGUGAUCUUAAAAGACACAUGAGAAUACACACUGGAGAAAAACCUUUUGCCUGCUCAGAAUGUGGUAAAAGUUUUGCACGAAAAUAUGUGUUGCACGAACACAUGCUGACACACUCUGGAGAAAAGCCUUUUUCUUGUUCAAUCUGCGGUAAAGAUUUUGUACAAAAUCACUAUUUGAAAGUACACAUUAGAUUACACACCGGAGAAAAACCUAACACCUGUUCAAUCUGUGGUAAAGGUUUUGUAAGACGUUCCAAUUUGAAAGCACACAUGAGAACACACACUGGAGAAAAACCCUUUUCCUGCUUGUUAUGCGGUAAAGGUUUUGCUCACAAAAAUUUGUUGAAAGAACACAUGCAAAUACACACUGGAGAAAAACCUUUUUCCUGCUCAGCAUGCAAUAAAGGUUUUGCACGGCAACAUUUGUUGAAAGAACACAUGAGAAUACACACGAGAGAAAAACCUUUUUCAUGCUCAGAAUGUGGUAAAAGCUUUACCCGAAAUAAAUUGUUGAAGGAACACUUGAGAACACACACUGGAGAAAAACCUUUUUCCUGCUCAGCAUGUGAUAAAGGUUAUGUACGGAAACAUUUGUUGAAAGAACACAUGAGAAUACACUCGGGAGAAAAACCUUUUUCCUGCUCAGUAUGUGGGAAGAGCUUUGCCCGAAAGAAAUUUUUGAAGGAGCACACGAGAACACACACUGGAGAAAAACCUUUUUCCUGUUCAAUCUGUGGUAAAGGUUUUGCACGCUCAAAUGUGUUCAAAGUACACAUGAGAACCCACACAGGUGAGAAAGUGUUGAGUUGCAGUGUGUGCGGUGAAAGAUUCUCUUAUAAGUACCAGUGUAAGAAACACACGUGUGCUGGUUAGAACAGCAUUAGCAAAUGAAGUCACAACUUUAACUUUGACGUUCUAACAACAUCAGUACAUUAAACGUGUGUUAUUGCCUCGUUCAGUCAAGUACAUGGAUUAAUAUACAGCAUUGUGUACUUUUAUUUCAAAUUGAACAGAGCAAUUUAACUGUAAAGGUGACAGUAAACUGUACAAAACAUAUGUGACAUACAUUAAACAUGUUAUGUGUAUAUAGAUAUUCAUAAAUCACUUGUUUUAUAUAUUUUUUUGAAAUAAUGAAAUGUUACAUAUUUUCAAUUCUAAUUGUAAAUGAUUGCAUAGAUUAACUCCUUUAUUUGAUAAACAUAUUUGUUUUCCUUUUUCAAUUGUAUUAUUGAGUGAAAAGGACUGCAUUUUAUUUCCAUGGAGAGGUCUGAAAUCACAGGAUGCCGAUGAUGCACGUUCCAUUUUGUUGUUUG